CGAUGGAGCUGCAAAUGAUGACACCACGACCGACGAAGAAGUCUUGGAGGUCACCGUGACGCGGGAAGAGCUGGCUACGCUGCAAUUGCGAAUUGUGCACGAAGGUGUUGCCUUGGAUCCCAAGCAGGAAUGGGACGAUGGUCAGGGAAAGGCGGGGUGCUUCGAGAACCGCUCUUGCGUAGUAGUUCUCCGCGGGUUUAAUAUUCGAAAUAGCGAUUUUCUGUUCGACCCUGCUGGUCCCGAAACACUCGACCCUCUCGAGCACGAAGAUGAAAAAUCACCUGACCCGCAUCAACUACGACUGCGGAGGAAGAAUCUGCUGCUCCGAGCCGUGUACGAUACCGAGUUUCAAAACUCUCUUGUUGACAACCCGAGUGGACUCCGAGUUGGCGACGAAAUUCUGGGUUACAGGCGACUGUCUGCGGCCGUGACAGACGGCGAAAGUGAAAAUGAGAAAAUCGCAGGCACCAGCGGCGUGCAGAAGCCCAGCGUCGAAUGGCACACUGUCGCCGCGGACUUUCGCAACUUAGACUUUCUUGGUAUGGGCCCCAGUUGUAUGUUUCUGAAACAAAACACAAACAAGUCUGGUGAAAAUAGACCACGUAGAAGUAGCGAACCUGAGCGAGAGGAAAGACCACUAUUCUUAUCGGAUGGCCAGACUGGAAGCGAUGAGGACGUGGAGUUUUCAUGGUCCACAUCGGCCACAAAGGCCUGCUUCCUGAACACGUAUUUUGUCAAGCGGAUGCUAAGCCUUUGUGAUGAUGAACGCGUAAGUGGAAUAACGAAUUUGCC